UACCAAGGAUGCGGAGUUUGUGCUAUACGAUGGCAAGGCCAAGGCUGAAGACGGUCACCUGGUCAUGGAACCGCUGCUUUGGUCCAGUUACCGACCGGACCUCUCCAUAAACAAUGCCAGAAUCGAUCUGGCCGAGAGAUGUACGGGCACCCACGAGCGGCUUAGGGAGUGUGUGCUGCAGACGACUAGGAGUGGACCCAAAGGAAUAAUGCCACCUGUAGUGACACCGCGUGUUAACACCAAGGAAUCCUUUGCCUUUCAAUACGGGCGGAUUGAGAUACGCGCCCGGCUGCCGAAGGGUGAUUGGUUGGUCCCACUGCUCCUGCUGGAACCUCUGACGGAGUGGUACGGCCAGACGGGCUAUCUGUGA